GUCACACCGAGCCAUAGUCCUUAGUUUUUGUUUGGUUUAGUUUAUGGGAAAUAUCUUUUGAUUUUGGAGUCUCAAAGGUAAUUCGAUGGCAACCGUGGCUGAGUGCAACCACAGCGUCUUCGACGUGGUGACCCACCUGGCCACCUUGUUGGCCUCGGAGGAGCAGGCUACCAAAAUGCCCACAGCUGCAUUGGUGGCCAGGAGGCGCUCCAAGAUCUAUGAGGCGUUGCUUCGCAGAGGAACGAUGUCUACCCAGGCCAAACUGGAGCUGAUCGAACAGGUUAGCAGCGAGAUGACGAAAGACCCGAAGCAGCGGGACAGGCUGCACACCUUCCAGAGUCAGCUCGCAGAACAGGAACAUGAUUCAAAAGAGCCUAAGACAACGGAGGAGCUGGAAAACCAGCACAAGUUUGGAAUCCGACGAUUAAAACCCGGAGUACUGCAGCUACGUGAAUCCCUGGACCCUACGCCGGAGCCAGAUCAACCAAAGUGUCUGAAAUCACUAGAUCAGAUGCAUCGUGCUCUAAAGCCCCUGCAGUUGCAGCCCCACAGUAAUAUUCUCAUGGUCAACCUAAAGGCGACGCCUCCCACGCCAAAGCCACGCUCCAGGAUCAUCCCAUCCUAUGUAGGCUCCAUCGGCAUGUCGGAGUCAAUGACUCGAAUGCGGGAAGACAGCGAGCCACCAAUGCACCCAACUCCCCGCCUGCCAGUCCUCAAAAAGAAGAUCACAGCUGCCCAGGCGAAAGAGCCUUUUGUGGCCAAGUCUGGAGCUGAGAAGCAUUUCAUAUCAGACCACAUGAUGACCAACGAGCUGAAGCUCCUCCAGAACAAAGACCUAGUGCUUAACUACUUAGAGGAGGCGACCCUAAUUGAUCACCUAAAGAAGGCAGCAGCAGGUCUUCAGUCGGAGACGUUCCUCAGUUCGCCAAAAGAUAACCUGGAGUUGCUAUUCAGGCCCAACACUACAGUGCCUACUGUGCUGCCCGAGGUAAUGGCGGAUUUUGCGGGUCACUUCCUGCACGCCGGCUGUGCCUUUCGGCGAUUGAGUGCGCGCACCAAGUGGAACAAGAACACUAUGAUGCGGGUAGAGAGGCCUCUAAACAGGGCCUUUCGGGAGAUCCUGGUGGAUUUCCUAGCCACCAAUCGGCAGUUUCUGCUCGCCUUGCCCGCCAAUAGUCUCUCCCAACUCCUGAACAACUCCCGUCCAGCCAUUCAACUGAUCUACCAGCUGGAUAAGAUGUUCGAGAACGAGCCGAGAUUAAAUCUGGACACCGGGGUAUCCGGAUCCUUCCUGAUGAGCUGCAUUUGGCUAGCCGUCGACACCUGCGGCAACAGUGACUUCUUGCAGCUGCUCAUCUAUAUGCUGCGCUGCAUAUCCCAAACCUAUUUUGUGCAGCUGCAGAGAUGGAUCUACCAGGGUGAACUGGACAAGACGGUCAACGAGAUUUUCAUCAGUCGAUACUUGAACAGUUCACCGUCGCUGGUGAAUGAGUGCAGCAAGGAGUUCUUUGAUAGGGGCUACCAAGUGGUCAACGAUGCGAUUCCAGACUUUUUAUCCGGCUGCGAGCAUGAAAUCCUCCACUGCGGAAAGUACAACCAGGUGUUAAAGGCUUAUAACGCUCAGCACCCCGUCUUCGAUGUGGAGUACCCGGAUAUGGUAGUCUGUCUAACCGAGCAGCAGCUCAAGGAUAUGCGUCGCAGCUUGGCCGAGAAGUAUGCCAUCAUCUACCAACGCUUUGGAUGGUGCAGCAUGCAAAGCCUCUUCGAGGAGCGCAUGGCCACCAAACGUGUUUUUGCGAACCUCAUGGUGGAACGAACGAAGGCCUAUCUGGAUAACUGGGAGGAGGAGCAACGCGUUCUUCAGCUUAAGGCGAAUGCUCAGAAGAAGCUGAUGUACGAUGAAUUCAACGCAGAGUUCGAACUUAACCAGCAAAAUCGCCUGGAGAAGCGAAAACAGGAGAUUGUCAAUGAGCUCGGAUUUCUCCGGGAAAGCGAACGACUGGAGGAUAUGCGCCUAGAGCGGGAAAAGAUAGUUUUGCAGAGGGAAGUGGCGCAGCUUGCUGCCGAAUUAACAAAGAAAGACACCCAGGAAGCGAUUAGUCCUGACCAGAGCACAGUUAGCGAUCUAAGUUUUACAUCCUGCCUCGAAGGACCAGAUUGUCGAACAGAUUCGGCGUCUGACAAAGAUGAGGAAAAAACAGAGGAGGCAGCAGGACUGUCGGAGAAGCUACCGGAUGUUAUAAUGAAGCAGUCAGCAGAGAAACCAUCAGAAGAGGUGGCAUCGAAAUCGGAUCAAGCCGAAGUCAAGGAGUUGCAACCUUUACUACCCAACGAGCUUCAGUUUAAACGAAGCCACUCGGAUGUGAUGAAUUCCAAUGAGCAGCCAACCUGUCAAACAGAACUCGAUCGCAAUCGCCAGCAUGGUCUCUCCUCUGAACAGUUUCAGGAGUGCCAGACAGAGUUGAACUCGGAAAAAAUUACCACCAACUUGAGUUCGGGAUUGCAUGCUCGACUUCCUCCCGACAUUAAUGCUAAUCUAAAUCGCCUAGGUACAGAGGAACUGAGCGAAAUGCAGCGCAACCGCCAACGCAAUGAACACCACGAUGGUUUUUCCAGCUUCAAUUCCACCGAGGAUCAGCACACGCAGCGAUUGCGUUGCCAAAUUAAUUCAAAUACGGAUCGUGGCCGAAACCGGCGGAGGGUUAUGGACAGCGAGUUUGGUAUUGGCCUAGCAGAUAACGUCUUAGAAAAGAAGACUUUGCCUUGCCUGCCUCUAGAACUUAACAAGCUCCACGUCGAAGUACCCACGGCGGUGCUAACGCCCAUGUCCACCACUUCCGACAUGGACAUCGGUGGUCUGUCACCCAGAGAAUUACCUGAAAAAGCAGAACUACUCAAAUUGAAUAUUACACCUAUAGUUGACAACGAUGCUGCUAAUAAUAACAAUAUCACUGAGUGCAGAGAAAUUGUGUGUCCAGAGUCACCAAAGUCCGAUCUUGUAGUAGCUAAACCAAAUAGUGUAUUUUCGGAAGUUUUCAUCCCGACUUUCGGCCUGCCCACGCACUUUAGGAUGGGAAAGGAGCUGGAGCAGGAAGUUCAAAGCCAAAAAGCAGUUUCCACUGUACCCGAGUCCUGCAAUCCUUUCAUGGCCCGCCGUUGCUUGCAGCUCUCCGUGAUGGCUCCUGUAAACGCGCACUACGCCCUGCUUCGAAAUGAGGUACUAAGGAUCUUCCAGGAGCUCCGUAUCUACGAGCAUUUCCGCAAGCUGAGAAACUACUUUUUUCUUUUGGACGGCCAGUUUGGAGCUCUACUCACCAGUGAUAUCUUGGGAAGAAUAAAGGCGGGCAUCGAACCACGAAGCCUUUGCCAGAAGGGCAUACUUGAUACCAUGCUAACCAAUGCGUUGUCGGCUUGUUCGGCGGAUGAGACCACCGUGUCACAGAAUCUCACUCUCAACUGCACCAAUAUACCGGACACGCUGAAUUUCCUGUCGGUGGAAGCCACUUCCAUGCUAAUGCUGCACUGCAAGAUAGAUUGGCCCCUAAACCUUGUGAUCAGCUCGGAAACGGUGGCCAAAUACGGUCAGAUCUUCGGGUAUCUGCUGAAACUACGCCAUGUUAGUUUCGUUUUAGAGGGAACCUACGAGUAUUUGCAGCAAAUGGGAAAACUUCUGGGAACGGAACUCCGGAGGUGUGCACAUUUCCGGCACCUGCAGGUAAUGCGACACAAGUUGUCGCAUUUUAUGACCUCGUUCCAGACGCAUCUGGUGGCCAAAGCCCUGCAGGCCACCUGGAAGAGUUUUAAGGAGGAGCUGUGCGCCGCCGAUUCCAUCGAGGGAUUGUAUAAACAGCAUGCAGCCUAUUUGAAGCGGGUUGCCUUCCUGGCGCUACUAAAUCGGAGGAGUGCCAAGGUCAAAGAAACCAUCGAAAAUAUUCUUGUUAUCAUACUUCGCUUCUGCAAAGUCCUUCAGUCACAGGCUUUUAUAAUGGAUCAAGAUAAUCAGUUUGUGCAUCCCCGCUUUAAACGACUGCUGCAGGAGGAGGCUGAGUUUGAGAAGUUUAUGCAGUAUCUCAUCUAUUUGGGCAACAAGGCGGCCGCUUCUGGUUACCAGGAAGAAAUCGGAGACCUGAUUUGUAUUAUUAAUUUUAACAACUACUACAAUGUAUCUGAGGAGAGUUCUAGGUCUUAAGUAGAAUCUCAGAACUGCUUGCAAAGAAUCUGUGAAGGAUAGUAGCUAGGGAAAUUUAUCUUGCCAUUAAGCUGAGCUUAGUAAGUUUUUUUUAUCGAUUUUUCUUAAAUGUAAAGCAUUCUUAAAGCAACCCGAGAAUAACAACAGGGAUUUCUAAAAUAUGUUUCUUGAACUAUUUUCGUUUUAUGUUUUAAUCUAAGAUAUUUAAUAUACAUUUCGAACAAUCUAUUUCAGAAUUUAUUCAAAACAUUACUAAAAGUAAUUUUCAAAAAUGUGUGUUGAGUUCAACUGAAAUCAAAAUGUUAAUCAACAAAUUAACUAUUAAAAGAAAAAGUUUUUGUGUUUGCUGUUCUAAAAACUAAUGGUCUAUUUCUCGUCCGCAUGUUAAAAUAUAAGUAGACUUUAAACAUUUUUGGAGUUUACGUUUUCGAAAUAUGUCUAUCAUUUAU